AUGGCGAGUCAGUCGCAGGGAAUCCAGCAGCUGCUGCAGGCAGAGAAGAGAGCCGCCGAGAAGGUGGCGGAAGCCCGCAAACGUAAAAAUCGGCGUCUGAAGCAAGCCAAAGAAGAAGCGCAAGCUGAGAUCGAACAAUAUCGACUGCAGAGGGACAAAGAGUUCAAGACCAAAGAGGCGGCGGCGCUGGGUUCCCACGGCAACAGCGCGGUUGAGGUGGACCGCGACACCGCCGAGCGCAUGGGUCGGAUCCAGGCCAGUUACCGCGGCAACCGGGACGUCGUGCUGGGCGACCUCCUGCGCCGCGUCUGCGACAUCCAGCCCGAGUUUCACGCCAACUAUCGCGUGGCCGGCUAG